CUGUGCUCCUGUACUCAGCGCUUUCUAUAUCACACUCACACGACCAACCAUGACUUUCUUGAAGAAAUCACUUUUCCUUGUACUAUUCCUUGGAUUAGUUUCACUGUCCAUCUGUGAAGAAAAGAAAAGAGUGGAAGAAGAAGAGAAAAGAGAUAGUAGUGAGGAGGAAGAAGAGGAGAAAAGAGAUGAUAGUGAAGAGGAAGAAGUGGAGAAACGAGACGAUAGUGAGGAAGAAGAAGAAGAGGAGAAAAGAGAUGAUCAUGAGGAAGAAGACGAAGACGAAGAAAAUGAGGGAGAUGAAGAGGAGAGAGGUUUGCUGGACCCUAUAACCGGUUUGGUUGGAGGUCUUCUUGGUUAAUAAAAUGUAAUAUUUGAUCUCUAAGAACAGUUACUAUUAGUUGUGCUAGAUCUAUAUUAAAGCAUA